UGCACUUCGGCCACAACAACCCCAGGCAAUGCUACAGGCUUGGGGCAGAGUGGCUGGAAGAUUGUUUCUAGAGGAAACAGACCAGGUGGUAUCAGCUGACACUCAGCCAUGAGCUAGCCAUGUUCCCAGCUGCCGAAGAAGGCCAGUGGCAUCCUGGCUUGUAUCAGAAAUAGCAUUGCCAGCAAGAGCAAGGAAGUUAUCAACCCUCUGUACUUAGCACUGGUGAGGUGAUACCUCAAGUAUUGCAUUCAGUUGUCAUGUUUUUUUCCUCCUUUCCUUCCUUCCCAUUCUGUGGUAUCGGGGGGGUGGGGUGGGGGGGGCAGAGGCCUACUGCCCCCUGUCACAGGCACAGAUUGAUCUAGUUAACUCUGUUAACUAAAUUUUGGUGGAGAAUGGGGGCAUAGCUGCUUUUUAGCUUUUAGAAAAAAAUCUCUCUCUCUGGUCUUAGAGAGCUUCGUUAGGGAGCAUUAUCAGUUCAGGUUUUUGUGCUGGAAAACUUGACCUUGAAAGACCAGGCAUACUGCCAGUAUUCUGGGAUAUAUGUAAACUUUGAGCAUUGCUUAGUCUGGGUAGUGCCUUUUUUUUUUUUCUCCCCCUUCUCUCUUGUUAGCUUCAAUUCAUUAAUCCCUUUUUAGCAGAUACCAGCAAUGAACCCACUCUUUAUCAUGGGGGCGCUGUGUAAGGGAUUAAAAGCUAUGGUGUUACUCGCUACCUACUGGCCAAUCAUCAAUGUCAUCAUUACUUGUUGUGGAAUUGUGUUCAUAUGUAACCACAUAAGGGCACUGAUGGAAGCACCUGUAUGGUACCUAUAUGCAAUGUGGUAUGAUUUAAAUUUUUACAUUUGCAUCCCAGGUGGAAUGGCUAAUUUUACAAACAACUACAUCCCAAAUGGAAUAACUAAUUUUACAAACCACACAAUGUUCAGACCAGUUUCCAGGCUUUCCUCUCAGUUUAUCAGACGUUUUUCAAAUACUAUGCUCACGUUUGUGGGCGUAGCCCUGUUCAUAUCAAUCUCACUGAAUGUAUUCCAAUACAGGCAUGGUAAGCGGAAGGAAUCUCCUCCAAAACCAGACAAUGCUGACUGGCAGGGAAUAUGGAGAGGUUUAGGAAAAAUCUUAGAAGCAUGGGGACCCACAAUGUCAUGGGAUUUCACUCUUGAACACCUGUGGGAUCCAGAGAAACUAAGCCAAUAUUUGAGUCAAGCACAGUGCAGCUUACAUAAAUCUAAGGAGGUACAACUUAUUUGGGGUUUGGCUUGUGCUUACCGCGCCCUACAUAACACUAUUCUGGAGAGAGAGAGUUUCCGAACUGAGGUUCAAGCCAAAGGGGAGAAUCUCCAAGUCAAAUCUGAUCAAUUACAGGAGACACCAGUAAAAAUAUCAGUUGCCCCUAUGGAAGGCAAGAAAUGGAAACGAGUGGCUUCACGUCUAGAACGGAAAAAAGAAGCAGUGGAGGAGGAAGUGGAGAAAGAUCCAGGUGAGGGGCCCUCCUCAGAACCACCAUCAUCGAGAAAGGCAAAAGGAAAAACUAAGAGACAUGCAGAAGAGAGUGAUGAAGAGGAAGUCUCUAUUACUACUCGUCGACCUCUGAAGAUGACUGAAAUCCAAGGCUCAAGGAGUUUACACUGCGCCCACAUGAAACUCUCGUUUCCUGGUUAGUUAGCUGUUGGGACGGCGGAGCCAGUAGCUUGUCUCUAGAUGGUAAUGAAGCUCACCAACUAGGAGCCAUUGCCAGAGAUCCAGCUAUUGACAGAGGAAUUAGUCGAUGUUUGGAUGCGGCUGCCUCCCUCUGGGAACGAGUGUUAAUAGCCGUGAAGGAAAGUUACACCUUCAAAGUUGGCUUAAAGCCUGUGAUGAAAAGGUGAGAUACAGUUGAAAAGGGUAUUCAGUAUUUUAGGGAAACAGCUGUGGUGGAAAUGUUGUAUGACCCUAACUUUGUUCCUAACCACCCAUGCCAAGACAAUGACCCUGAGAGAGUGAGGACAAUGCCUGAUAUAUGGCAGAAACACACAACACCAGCACCAGACAGAUACGCUGGUGGCAUACAGAUACACUAAUGGCAACGUUUGACAGAUACCAGGACCAACAGAGAAGACCCUUAGUUUUUGAAUUGAUUUUUACGCCCCAAAGCUACAAACAACAGCUAUCCCCAGCUCACGCUUCCAUUCCCACCAUCUCACAAAUAAUGGACCAACUGAAUGAAAUGCAAGAGUAAGUGUCUUUACUGAUUAAUCAUGACAAACCUGUAGUAGUAUCAGAAACGCUUGAUGAAGAUCAGGAUAAUCAAAAGAGUCUAAUGAAGGAGCUAAUCAAAUUAAUGCGACUCCAACUAACUAAAGAUGAUGAACCCUCCUUCUCAUGUGCACCAUCAAAAAAUCUCAGCUGUUAGAGGCAAACGCUUUCCAGUAAGGAAUCCUACAUCACAAAUUGCCUUAUGGCGUUACUGACGUAACCAUGGAGAAGACAUGAGGAAGUGGCAUGACCAAGCUACUCCUGUACUACAAGCACGGGUGAGAGAAUUACCAAGCAGAUCAACCACCAGUGCAGUAGCUCCGGUUACCACAGAUGGAAUCAAUAUUGCAGAAUUCCCAUAACAUUUAAGGGAGCAUCAGUAAUUCAAUUACAAGUCUAACACAGACUGUUACAUUGAUCUGAAUAUACACCAGAACUGUGUCUGAUUAGCCAGAAGAGGCAACAGUGAAGGUGGAUCACUGUUUCAACUGGUCUGUAAUAUCUCAGAUUUAGCGGUGCCUCACGCAGCAACUUGGUAUGGUUGUAAGCUACAUUUCAUGCAACAGUGACAAGCCCAAGGACCUGCUUCAUGCCCCAGAGCACAGAUUUUUCAAGCAAAGCAACAGCAGCUUCAGUUUUACUGAAGCUUCUUAAGAGAUUAACUCCAUCCUACAGUCCAAACUCUGCUCUGCACCAUCAUGGCAGCAGCUAUUCCCUGCUGAACAAACAGCCUGGCCCAGCCCCAGGCACACACCCAUCACUCAGCAACAGCCAAACACCGGGGUACAAUUGGCACUGUCUAGGCCACAGGGAGGAUGCAGUGUAGUGCUAACUCAACUUAUGGCAAAUAACUUUGCAUUUUGAUAGAUUGGCUAAAUACAGACCUGGGAAAAGUGAGAAAUAUGCACAAAAAAAAUUAUUGCUUUCUGUUUUGAUACAGGAAUUUGGAAACCGGUUUCAAGAGGACUGCUCCAAAAGUAAUGCCUAUUUUACUAUAUUGGCUCACAACAUCAGAGGCAGAUGUUGAUGCCAU